AUGAGAAGCACUCUCCUUUCAAUCGUUCUCGCCGCUGUAUCCAUCACCCAGAUCAUCGCAACCCCAGAAACUACGAAUACAGCCACCUCCGGAUCUGCUCAGACGAUCGAUGAUGCAACCGUCCUGAAUUUUGCUCUCACCUUGGAGCAUUUGGAAAAGGAGUUCUACGCCGGAGCCCUCGCUAAAUUCGACCAGAAUGCUUUCCUCGCUGCUGGUUUGCCUCCCUGGGCACGUGGGCGCUUCUCACAGAUCGCAGACCACGAAAAGACGCAUGUCGAUUUCUUGAGCAAGGCUUUGGGGGAUAAAGCCGUUCAGGCGUGUACUUACAACUUCCCGUACAAUGACCCGCGCUCGUUCGCCGCUCUGAGCCAAAUCCUGGAAGGUGUCGGUGUAUCUGCUUACACCGGUGCUGCGCAUCUGAUUAACAACAAGGAUUACCUUACGGCGGCUGCCUCGAUUCUUGCUACCGAAUCCCGCCACGCCGCCUUUGUUUCGUCCGCCGUCAACAGGAUGAGUGCAUGGAACGGCGCCUUCGAUAUCCCGCUCAGCCUGAACGAAGUAUACACCCUCGCUGCGAAUUUCAUCGUUUCCUGUCCUUCCACAAACGCGGCUCUCCCUGUCAAGGCCUUCCCUGCACUUUCAAUCCAACUGACUGCGCCAGGAGAGACUGCCGCCGUCUCUGCGCCCUCGGCAGUGUCUCCGCCAACGUACAUCGUGUUUUUCAGCGGACUGGAUAAAAUCUUUGUCAAAAUCAUGGAUGGAAAAGUCUCCAUCCCCAAGGACCUAGCGGAGACUGUAUAUGCUGUUGCGACCACCAGCGACAGCGCGGCCACGGAUGAUACCAUUGUCGCUGGACCUGCCAUUUUGAUGUACCCCAAGGAUUCGAACAACUCUCUGAUGGCAAAGAAAGCUUAG